GUUGACUAUCAUUGAGUAGUAACUUGUUGCGCUAUUUUUCAUGGCUGGCUAUGGCCCUGUUGACUAUUAUGGGAUGGUGAACAAACAUCCCUUCCCUUCGUCACUCCCUCCCCUCCCAGUGAUACUAGUUAGCGAGACCUAAUAAACUGCCCUGCAUUUCACCAGUGGUUACUCUGCACAGCUUUUAAAGUUUGUCUUUAGGACGAUGGAGAAGGGAACCUCUCGUGCUUUUCCUAAUGAUCCCUAUCCAGCUUAUCAAGGGAGUGCUUACCCCAGUGGUCAGCAAAUACCCUACCCUACAAACCCAGGGGUAAACCCAACGACGUACCCUCCCCCUCCACCCUAUGGAAACCCUGCAGGAGCACAGCUGCCAACAGUGAUGGCUGCAGUGAUAACUCAGCCCCUCAGCGAUGUCCCGGGACAGACACUGUGCAUCCACUGCCAGCAACAAGUCCUCACCACAAUUGAGCACAAGGCUGGCUUGCUAACCUGGGUUGUCUGCGGCACCAUUUGUUUAUUUUUGGGUUGUCUGGGCUGCUGUCUCAUUCCCUUUUGUGUGGAUAGCUGCAAGGAUGUGGAGCACAGGUGUCCAGCCUGCCAACAGGUUCUCAGUAUAUACAAACGGCUUUGAAAGUCCUUAUUUGCCAAGCACAUGAGAUUAAGUUCCACAGACAAAUGUCAGCCACAAGUUUAUUUGCAUAAUGGCUCACAAUUCGAUGGUUCUCAAUAGACAGUGUGCUGCUACCUUCAGGGGAAAUAGAGUAAGGAGGGGCUGCAGUAUGGGGGAUGAUACACCAAUGAUAAUGUUGCUCAAAAUGGUUCUUUACUAAUGCUUUUUAAAAAGAUUGCAUACAUAUAUUGUUGCUGUUUUUUUCUUUCUAUUUAUUAUUGUUUUGCUUCAUUUUUAAAGUGAUUUUAGUUUAGUUGGUGCUAAGAAGUGAUAUAAAGUAAGAUUGACUGUCCUGCAAACUACAUUUUGUUUGCAGACUAGUGGAAAGAAUCUGUAACAAUAUUAGAGUACUGUGGCUUAACCUAUGUAAUGAAAUGUCUUUUUUAAAACCAAUAUUUCUAUUCCAGGUUUAAUUGUGAAAUAAAGGGGGGCGAUGAUUUUUGUCAAGGCUUUUUGCGUUAUCGAACUCUGAAAGUUACUGACAUUUUGUUCUAUCCAUUGGGUCCCACAAUUCCAACAUCUUACCAACCACUGUAUGAAGAGUAACUGGGUUUGAACAAAUUGCAACACCCACCAAAGCUGUCAGUAUGGGCAGCCGAGCUGCCUCAACGACACACCAAUCUAAACCUUUAACUCUGGCGUAUCCUGUCUGAAUCUGAUUUGCAUCAGGGAGAUUUAGCCUUCAUACAGUAUAUGUAACAGGUGGUUAAGAAUCUGACUCCUGUUGGUGAGAUGAGGGUAUAAGCAUGAAAACCACUUUUCCAGAGUGGAUUAGAUCCUUACCUGUGGUGUGUGUGGUCGUUGGCUCAUGUUAUGCCUCCACCCUGUUAAUUAUACUGCAAACUAAAGGUCAGGGACACAUCACAAAUGAAUCCGUCAUUUAUACAAACAAACCUGGCAGAUAUUUUACAUCAGGUGCUUCCAUUUUGCAGUGUCUGUCCAGCAGAUGACAGCAGCACCACACACGCUCCUUAAAUAUUCAGCCAGCCUUUACUUAGUCAGUCAUAGGGCUUUGUUUUGUUUGCAAUUAUUUCACUCAAGAGCAAAACUGCCCCGCUAAUUACAUUGAAAAGGCUUUAAUUUCCCUACCACUUGGCUAAUAAAACUUUAACUCAUGUGUUAUUUAAAACAUAUAUACAGUACUUUUUUCUGCACUUUGAAAAGUCUCUGAGUGUCAUUUUCCAGAUGUUGUGCAGCUUUAGAUGUGGCUUAGAAAUUGUUCUGUGGUUUUUGUAGACGCCUGGUAACCUGUAAGAAAAAAAAAGCAAACAAAAAACAGGUGCUGUAAUUUUCAGCAGAGGUCCAGCAGGUGGAUGCAGAGAUGUGGAAAUAAGGGAGCUUUUCAAUUCCACUGUCACAACUGACCCAGUUUUUAGGAGGAGUUCCUGUUGCUGAUUUUGGAAUAACAUCCCAUCUAUCUUUAACAUGUAGAGGAAAGAGAGGGAGGGAGCCCUUGAGUGCCGAAAUUGGCUCGCCAACUUAAAUUGCCAUGCAAACACUUUCAGAAUUGGUAGCAGAGACCUAAUUAUUUAUUGAAAGCAGAACACU